AUGGUGGUGUUAAGAAAGGGCGAUUACGUCUGGGUGGACUCCAGCACUGGGGUGGCCAUCGGGGCUGAGGUCCGACUUACAGACACGGGCCAGCUUCAGCUCCUGGAUGACGAGGGAAAGGAGCACCCGAUCAAAGCAAAGGAUGGCUCUCGGAAGCCUAUGCAUCCCACAUCUGUCAAUGGCGUGGAUGACAUGAUCCGACUGGGGGACCUUAACGAGGCCGGCCUGCUCAGGAACCUCCUGGUCCGCCACCGAGAGGGAAUCAUCUAUACAUACACAGGGUCCAUUCUGGUGGCAGUGAAUCCAUACCAGCUUCUCCCACUCUACACUCCAGAGCACGUGCAGCAGUACACUGACCGGCGGUUGGGCGAGCUGCCACCGCACGUGUUCGCCAUCGCGGACAGCUGCUUCUACAACAUGCGUCGCAACCACAAGGACCAGUGCUGCAUCAUCAGUGGGGAGUCCGGGGCAGGGAAGACCGAGAGCACGAAACUGAUGCUGCAGUUCCUGGCAGCAGUGAGUGGGCAGCGCUCCUGGAUCGAGCAACAGAUCCUGGAGGCCAACCCUAUCCUGGAAGCCUUUGGUAAUGCAAAGACCAUACGCAACGAUAACUCCAGCCGCUUUGGGAAGUACGUUGACAUCCACUUCUGCAAGGCAGGAACCAUAGAAGGUGCCCGCAUUGAACAGUACCUCCUGGAGAAAUCCCGCGUCUGCCGACAGGCUAAAGAAGAGAGAAACUACCACAUCUUCUACUACAUGCUGAUAGGCAUGCCAGCUGAACAGAAGAAAAUCUUGUCCUUGGGCAAUGCUGUUGAGUACAACUACUUGACCAUGGGUAACUGCACUUCCUGCGAUGGGCGGGACGACAUAAUGGAAUACGCCCACUUCCGCUCAGCCAUGAAGAUCCUGACCUUCACUGAGAACGACUCCUGGGAGAUCCACAAGCUUCUUGCUGCCAUCCUCCACCUCGGCAAUGUGGACUUUGAAGCUACCAUUUCCAAUAACCUCGAGGGCUGUGACAUUCGCACGUCUGCUCAUUUCAGUAUGGCUGCCCAGUUGUUGCAGGUGGAGACAAAGACUUUUGACGUCAGUUUAACGCAGAGGUCUUUCCUGACUAACCGAGAGAGUGUGUCCAAACCUCUGAGCUCAGUGCAAGCAGUUGACGGCAGGGACGCUUUUGUCAAGGCCAUAUACGGGAGACUGUUUGUGUGGAUUGUGAAGAAGAUAAAUGCAGCCAUUUACAAGCCUCUGUCUGAGGCCUCUGCCCAAACCCGCCACUCCAUUGGUUUGCUAGAUAUCUUUGGCUUCGAGGACUUCAAGCAAAACAGUUUUGAGCAGCUCUGCAUUAACUUUGCCAACGAGCAGUUGCAGCAGUUUUUCGUGAAGCACAUCUUCAAGCUGGAGCAGGAGGAGUACGCGCGCGAGAGCAUCGUGUGGACGCGCAUCGACUACUGCGACAACCAGGGCACUCUCGACGUGCUUGCCAACAGAUCCCUCAAUAUUCUCUCCCUUAUCGAUGAGGAGAGUCGCUUCCCAAAGGGUACAGAUACCACGUUACUGAACAAGAUGGACAAGGUGCAUGGGAAGACGAAAAUCUACAUCCCUCCUAAGAACAACCAUGACACGCAAUUUGGCAUCCAGCAUUUCGCCGGGUCCGUCUUUUACGACUCUAAAGGCUUCCUGGAAAAAAACAGAGAUGCCCUGAGCUCCGACCUCAUCCAGCUGGUGGAAACCUCAACCAACAAGCUCCUCAAGCUGAUCUUCCAGAGUGACAUCUCCGCCGACGAGACGAAGAGCAGCGUCAACCCCAAAAUGGUCAUCACGCCCAAAAACUCUUUGCGGCAAAUAACAGACACCAAGAAGCAAGUUCCCACUUUGUGUGGCCAGUUUCGUCAGUCGCUGGACUCGCUGAUGAAAACCUUGGCUGCAUGCCAACCUUAUUUCAUACGUUGCAUCAAACCUAAUGACUUCAAGAAGCCAAUGCUGUUUGACAGGGAGCUGUGUAUGCGUCAGCUGCGCUACUCAGGAAUGUUGGAGACCAUCCGUAUCAGGAAGGCCGGCUAUCCCAUCCGACACACCUUUCAGGAGUUUCUGGACCGAUAUCGCGUCUUGCUCGACUCCACCAUAUGUGACCCAAAAAAUGAGAAUGCCAAGGCGUGCAGUGAAAAUAUUUGUCAGAAUGUGUUGAGUGCUGGGGAUGACUGGAAGAUCGGCAAAACCAAGGUGUUUCUGAAGGAUUUCCAUGACACCAUGUUAGAGCUGAAGAGAGACAAGGCUUUGAAUGAGAAGGCGCUUCUGAUUCAGAAAGUCCUUCGAGGAUACAAGCACAGGAAGCAGUUCCUGAAACAAAGAUCUGCGGCCCUGGUCGUGCAGAAAUACUGGCGUGGACACGCAGGCAGAAAACUCUACCGAGUGGUCCAGUUGGGCUUUGCACGCUUGCAGGCCACGGUGCGCUCUCGUCAGCUGGCCCGCACGUACGAGCUGGAGCGCAAGGCUGCCCUGCUGCUCCAGACGCAGAUCCACGGCUAUCUGGCUAGAGAAGAGUGGAAGAGGAAGAGGACUGCGAUCAUCCUCUUGCAAGCUCACGUGCGAGGCAUGCAUGCCCGGACGGCCGUCAAGAAGAUGAAAAGAGACGAGUUUCUGUCGCUGAAAGAUCGCCGGGCAGAGGAGAUGGCUGCUCUGGAACGACAGAGGAAGCUAGAAGAAGUCCUCCGUCAGAAGAGAGAACAAGAGGCCGCCGAACAGUCGGAGGCCAUUACUGAUCAGGAAAUGGUGGACACCAUCUUUGGUUUUCUGCCCAGCCUAGUUGGAGGGCAAGAGGGUCAGGCGCCUAAGGGCUUUGAGGAUCUGGAGGGGACGAGAACUGUGCUAGAGGAAGUAGACCUGGAUGAUGCCCCUAUGAUGGAAGAGCUUCCCGAGGAAGACUAUGAUGAUUUAGACGAGUACUCCUUCACCAAGUUUGCAUCCAUGUACUUCCAGGGUGCUGCUACGCCCGCGCACGUCCGCCAGAGACUGCGCCAGCCGCUGCUGUACCACGAAGACGAGAAUGACGUGCUGGCUUCUUUAACAGUGUGGUGGAUCAUUCUGAGGUUCAUGGGAGAUCUCCCUGAGCCAAAGGCUCAGCAGAUCCGGCGGAGUGGGUCCGCCUUUGCUGAUCAUUCCCUGCAGAAGGACGUGGCUUCCAGGCAGGACCGACGCCUCAGUCAUAUGGUGGGGCUAGACCAGAGAAUGUUGAGAAGCAAAAGGAAGGAUUCCACAGUCCCAGACCAGAUCACUCAGAACAGAAAGUCUUCAACAUUUUCAGAUCUGCUGUCACGAAACAGGAAGGCGUCAACUGCCCCAGAGGAAGUCCUGCUCAACCGGAAAGGUUCAGCCAUACCUUCAGAGGGCCCCAAGAACAGGAAGUCCUCUACUUUCACUGAUCUACUGACCCGGAACAGAAAGACCUCCACAAUCCCUGAAGAAGGUUCAUCAAAUAGAAGGACUUCCAGAAAACCAUCAACUAUUGAAGAAGAGCCAGAGGAUGGCACUCAGAUUUCCAAACCUCCAACUGUGCAAACAAUUAGUGAAGAAGAAGAGAUCAUGAUUGGAGAAGGACCCACCCUGGACCGUCCACUCUCAUCCCUUGAAAAACUGCACAUCAUUGUAGGAUAUGCCAUAGUCCGGCGUGACCUCAGGGAUGAGAUCUAUUGUCAGAUCUGUAAGCAGCUCCAGGAGAACGGCAAUCGAAGCAGCUUUUUCCGAGGCUGGAUCCUCCUCUCUCUGUGUCUGGGCAUUUUCCCACCCACGGAUCGCUUCAUCAAAUACCUGAAAAGCUUCAUCCGUCUCGGCCCAGUUGGGUAUGCGCCAUACUGUGCAGAACGACUACGUCGCACCGUGGCCAAUGGCGUUCGAGGAGAACCCCCAAGCUGGCUUGAGCUACAGGCCACCAAGACCAAGAAAGCCAUGGCCAUCUCUGUGACUCUUAUGGAUGGGAGAACUAUCAGUCUGCCUGUGGACUCUGCAUCUACUUCUAAAGAAAUAUGCCAAGUCCUUUCACAGAAAGUUAAACUACAGGACACUUUUGGCUUCUCUCUAUAUAUGGCUGUGUAUGACAAGGUGUGGUCUCUCGGGAACGGACAUGAACAUGUGAUGGAUGCCAUCUCACAGUGUGAACAGGAAGUGAGACGCAAGGGCGGGCUGGAGCAGCACGCUCCCUGGCGCCUCUACUUCCGCAAGGAGAUCUUCACUCCCUGGCAUGACUGCGGCCAGGACAGUGUUAGCACGGACCUCAUCUACAGACAGGUCGUCCGUGGCCUGAAGUUCGGGGAGUACAAGUGUGAGAAGGAGGAUGACGUCGUCCAGCUUGCCGCGAAGCAUUUCUUCAUCCAGUAUGGCUCGGACAGCAGUGCGGAGAAUGCCAAGAGUGUGGUCAAGGAUUGUGUUAACUCCAAACUACUGGAAGCCAAAUCAGAGGCCACAUGGCUUCAGAUGGUCAUCGAGGCACAUGUGGAGGGUCCGUAUAUAGACUCAAAGACCACAGCCAAUCAGGUUAAAGCGGAAGUUGUGGAAUAUGCUCGUCAGAAGUGGCCCGUGUUCUUCUCAAGGUUCUUUGAGGUUAUGAGGGUUUCAGGUCCUUCUCUACCCAAGAACAAGUUCAUUGUGGCUAUCAACUGGACUGGAAUAACAUUCCUGGAUGAACGAGAGCGGAAGCUUCUAGAACUCUGCUACCCCAUGGUGACUGGGGUGAACACGAUGAGGUAUUAUUCUGUUUGUCUGUUGACACUGAAAGGAGACUUCAUACUGAACGCGGUCAUGGCUGGAAGCAUUGUUGAUCUGGUAGCACUGUUCUUGGCAGGCCUAACGGAGCGCUCCCAGUAUGCCGUGGCCAUGCAGGAGGUGAACAGGCAAGACGACCCUACUUUCCUUAGCUUCAAAAAAGGAGAGCUUAUUCUCCUCAUUAAAGACAAUGACUUUUCUCCCAACCAUGGCUGGGUGAAGGGUCAAAAUGAGCGAACCGGUCAGAAGGGGGCGAUACCAAUGGAUGGCAUCUUGAUCUUGCCCACUCUCACCAAACCCACCAAUGAGGUCUUGAGUCUGAUUAGCUUGUCCCCAGAUCAGCGGAAGACCAUGGUUAACAACACACUCAGAGGAUCAGCCAUGGAAAAAGUGGCUCCUGCAACACUCAAGGAGUUCUCCAUUGAGUACUUUAGACCUGCCACAAAGGAUGUAAACAGGCAGGUGAUCUCUAAAAACGCGGCGCCUGAAAGGUUGUGGGCCAACUCCAGAGAGCCCCUCAGGCAGCCCCUGCUGAAGAGACUGCUGGGUAAUCCAGAACUCAGUCACCAGGCCUGCCAGUCUUUCACCGCUAUCCUGAAGUACAUGGGUGAUUACCCCACCAGACAGAUUCAGAGCCCUGUGGAGCUCACUGACAAGAUCUUUGGCCCUGCCACUCAGAGUGAGGAACUGCGGGAUGAGAUCUACAGCCAGAUCAUGAAGCAAAUGACAUGCAAUAACAACCGGUACAGCAUGGAGCAGGCCUGGCAGCUGUUUUGGCUGUGCUGUGGCCUCUUCCCGCCCAGUAAUUCUCUGCUGAAGCACACGCAGCGAUUUCUGGAGUCCCGUCGGCGAGAGCCACUGGCCUCUGACUGCCUGCACAGACUGCAGGCAGUGCUGAGAAUGGAACCACGGAAGCUCCCCCCGCACCAGGUGGAGGUGGAUGCCAUUCAGCAGAACAGCACACAGAUCUUCCACAAAAUCCAUUUCCCUAAUAACAUGGAGGAGGUGUUUAAAGUCGCAACUAACACUAAAAUCAGAGACCUGGUCCGAACCAUUGCCACUAAACUCCAGCUGGUGUCCGAAGAUGGUUUCAGCAUCUUUGUCAAAACUCCGGACAAGGUUCUGAGUCUAAAUGAGGUGGACUACUUCUUUGACAGUCUGAGACAGAUUACCGACUGGUCCCAGAAAAUUAAGAUGGCGAAGGAUGGAGGACCAGUGAAUGUGCCCUACACGGUGUUUUUCAUGAGGAAGCUGUGGUUCAAUGUAGCCCCUGGCAGGGAUCCGGAAGCUGACCGCGUCUUCCAUUUCCCACAGGAGUUGCCCAAGUACCUGCGUGGGUAUCACCGUUGUUCCAGGGAAGACGCGGUGCACCUGGCCGCUCUGCUCUUCAGGAUGAAGGUGGACGAUGAUAAGAGCCAGUUUGUCAUGAUCACCAAGAUGCUGAAAGAACUGGUACCCAAUGACCAGCUGAAAGUCAUGUCAGCUGAUGACUGGAAAAAGAGCAUUGCUGCUGCCUACAACAAACAGGCAGGUAUGACCGUGGAAGAGGCCAUGACGGCCUUUCUGAAGGUCGUCUGUAAGUGGCCCACUUUUGGCUGUGCUUUCUUCGAAGUGAAGCAAACUUCUGAACCCAAUUUCCCUGACAUUGUGAGGAUCGCCAUCAGCAAGCAGGGAGUUACUAUCAUACACCCCAAAACCAAGGAUGUCUUGGCAAUGCAUCCGUUUAACAAGAUUGCAAGCUGGUGCAGUGGAAGCACAUACUUCCACAUGACUAUGGGGAACCUGGUCAAAGGAAACAAGAUUCUGUGUGAAACAUCGUUGGGGUACAAAAUGGAUGAUCUGUUGACAUCUUACGUCAACAUGUAUCUGAACGAGACGAAGACACACAGAGCGAGAAACUGAUGCUUUUACUGAGGCCUCACAUCUACACUCUAGCAAAUCCAUCAGGGUCAUAUACUAUGUGGUUGAAUACUGUCCUGAAAGAUUUUAUGUAUUUGGUGAUUGAUAUCCAGUCAUUAUCUAUUAAAUUCCUCUAAGAUUUUGCCUUUUUUAAUUAUAUUUUUUAGACUUUUUUUGGUUAACAGGGUGCAAAGGAAACUGGGAUUAGUUUUGUAGUUAUUUCUCUAAUCUCAUAUUUAUUUAUUUUCACGUGCAACAUACUACAUUUAUGCAACAGUAAUGUAAAUGAAUCGGGGUGUUUCUGACAUGGAAUGACACUCUGUUUCUUAAAUGUGUAGCUUUUGUUCCCCUGUAUAGUGAGUUUCAAAUGAAUGAACAAGUUGUUUGAUGAAGCAGGGUACGUUUCUUUUCUUUUGUUUGCUUAUAUUGUGGCAUAUUCAUAUGAUCAUACACGAGAUGAAGGCUUAUUAAAAAUGAUGUCUGGAGAGUUUAUUUAUAUAAAUGUGAUGCUAAAAGUGUAUUCUCCUGCCCGUCUCCCUUGGUGUGACUAAAGAAAAUGAUCUUUAUUCCGGUUAAAUGUUC